AAGCAUGUGGAUUGGCUUCCCACCUUUCUUAUCCACGAAAUCUCUAUUCUGAAUAGAAAAAGAGAGAAACAAGCUUGCUUACACCCACAAAAGCAUUCUUAGCAGUAGUGAAUAUACAAGCAGCUAGCUUUCCAAGUGAAAAGAAAAAUGUUAAGGAAUCCCAAAUUCUUGCAUUGUUCCUCUCAAUUUCUGCAUCCUCCAAUACUACCACCAUCACCUCCUCCUCCUCCUCCACAAGUUCAAAACAUACCAAAUCCCCCAUCUUUUCCCAUCAUCAAACAGUGCUGCAAAUUCUCCAGGAGAGAGCUUGCAGUUGGUAGCAGUUCUUUGUUACUUCUCCUUUUGGCCUCUCAAAAUCCAGAGCCAUUCUUGCAGUCCAAGGCAUUGGCUGAAGAAACCAUGACAGAUACCAAUGUAAAUGAAGGAAAAGAAGAGAACUCAAACUCCUUACCCAACUGCACCAACACAAACCCAACCAGGAAAGUAUUUCUUGAUAUAUCCAUUGAUAAAGAACCAGUUGGUCGCAUUGUCAUAGGGCUAUAUGGAGACAAUGCCCCGGCUGGAGCUGCUAGGUUCAGUAAUCUUGUAAGUGGAGCUGCUGGUAUAACUUACAGAAGAAAAGAGUUUGUGAGAAUUAUGCCCAAUUAUGUCCAACAUGGUGGGGUGAGAUCCUAUGGUGUGGAUGCUGAGCUUGCAAACAGGACGGGAAGCGAGUUGUCAGGUGAAAGCCUUAUUGAUGAAUGGCAGAGAUCCUAUGACGAGUGUCCAGGGACGAAGAACUUGGCUGGAACUGUGAGCAUCAUUGUGAGGGAUCCUUCAAAACCGCCUCCGAAAGUGAAGCUAGUGGCAAGGGAAGGGAAGCUGGUGAUUGACCAAGAGGAGGUUGGAAUUGACCCUAAUGGAACAGAGUUUGUGAUUGCCACCAAGGAUUCUCCAGAGCUGGAUGCAUCAGCUUUAGUUGUUGGAAGAGUCUUGGAAGGAAUGAAGGUUGUGGAGAGGAUUGGACAGGUGAAAACUGUCAAUGAGAAUACCAGUUCUCCAUAUUUUAGGGUGGCCAAGCUGAUAGGCGAUAAGAGGGCUGUCGUGGCUGAAAGAGGCUUCAACCGUCCUUACUCAAAGGAUGCCAGGAAAAUUUCAUCAUCUCAAGCUCACAAGAAUUCUACCAGAUAAAAUGGUAAAAAUGGAAGAUCGCACUUUAUUUUAUAGACCAUUGAUCAACAGCAAAAUCAGCUUGGCUAAUACUGGGUGCUUUGGCUUCAUAGGUGAGUCAUCUUCGUUCUUUUCGCAGAUGGAGAUAUGAAGAGCCUCCUGACUGAAGUAAUGGGAUAUCCACCUGUACAAACCUUAAACAGAGAGAUUAUUAUUCAUUCUCUUGGGAUAACAAUCUAAUAAAUAAAUUAACCCAACCAACCAUAUCUAGAUUGAAAUAUUAUUAAAGAAUCGGAAACAUCAUUUUCAUUGCCAUCUACUGUUAAUCAACUGUCUAAAUGACUGCUAUGCCUUGGUUUUACUGUCAAGUGUUUCAAACGCUACUUAGUUGAA